AUGGCGUCUUCUUGGAAACAGCCCGAAUCAGACAUACCUGAAGAAGGGUUUGGAUUUGGACUAGAAGGGGGAGAUGGAGAUCCGGCCAUAGUGAAAAGUGUACUGUCAGAUCAACAGCUAGCUGAACAGACAUUUUUCUACGUCUUGCCCUUCACUGAUGUCCAACAGACGAAUACUGCUGCUGGUUUUGACCCAAUUCGAACAAAUGAGCAUGACUGCAGCGGAAGCGGGUUGCUGAAUUUGAGCAUUGGUCAUUGUCACUCUCUCAUGGCGUCUCCUUGGAAACAGCCCGAAUCAGACAUACCUGAAGAAGGGUUUGGAUUUGGACUAGAAGGGGGAGAUGGAGAUCCGGUCAUAGUGAAAAGUGUACUGUCAGCCAACAUGUGCGAUCUAAAGGACGGAGAUGAGAUACUUAGUGUGAAUGGACAUGCAGUAGCCAGUUUGAAUCAUCACGAGGAAGUGGUUAAAGUAAUGUCUGCAGCCAUACAGUCGGGGAACAUAUGUCUGCAGGUGAACCGCAUGGGUUCAGAAGUUAAUUGCUCAUCAGCGGACAAAUUAAACGAUGGAAACGAGGAUAUUCAUGUUGAAACAAGAAAGCCUAAUAAUGAGGAGUUCAGAUCAGAAGUUUUGGAUUUGAAUAAGAUUGGUGUCGCCAAAGAGAAUGUAGACAUAGUAGAAGCAGAUCAAAUUCUGCUCGAAGACGCCGAGGAAGAAUUUGCUCCAAAUGCUGCUUCUGUGGACGAUUUGAUUAUUUUUCGCUCAUCGCAGAACACGGAUUGUCUGUCUCAACCUAGGCUGCGCAGUGUGGCUUUAUCAACUAUUGGGAAUGUAGAUGAACCAGAAAAACUAGAUUCCAUGCAAGGAAAAGUGAGACGAUCAAAAAAGUUUUUCGAACAAAUUAAGGAAAACAACCAAGAGGGAGUUAAAAGGAAUAGCGAAGAGCUGAAAAAUAUAAGAAAAAGUAGAGAAGUGGAAGAGCGUACGUUGGAAGAAGAGAGAGGGAGGAAAGUUGUCCAUAAUGACCCAAUCAGAAGCGAAUUCUCAUUGGGCAGUGACAUUGAUGACCUUUAUAGAAAUUCUAGAAGCAAGGCCAGUAAAUCGAAUGAUUUUGAAUCGAAUUCAAAUGUUAGUGUGGAAAAAAGCGCCCAAAGCUACACUAGCUCAAGUAGUAAAGUAGGAAAACAAGGAUUACAAAAGCAGAAAAUAUUAUCCGAUAUUACUUCGAAUAUUGUACUGGAGUUUGACACUAACGAUCUCCAAUCCGAAACGGAAGAUUUUGACUGCGAGAUCAACUCAAAAAAAGUGGCAAAGAUACAACAGCUGAAUAACAUUGCUGUAAAUGACUGGUACGGUGAUGCGAAUGAUAAAGCUACGUUUCGAGAUGCCAUCGAGGAAGCGCUGAUUUCGCAAAGAGCACCUUCUAGAGCUAGUGACGUUAUCCAGCCUGAAUCUUACACACCGCCAAGCUCGUUGAGCAACACAUCUCCAGAGAUUGAAGAGAGCUUGAGCAGAUCUCGCAAGCUGAUAAUUGAAUCAUCAGAGAAGGAGAUAGUGGAUGAUUUGCCUGGAAGGAUGAUGCCCCUGAGUGGAUGUGAACUGGGGGAUGAGGCAUUGCACGCGUCUUUGUUACCCCUUCAGGAAGAAAUCGUCAGCUCAGUUUUAAACCCCACUGGCCAGGGCUUGGGCGGUGGGAUACUGGCCAGAGCUAGGGAUGGUGUCAAUGCACAUAAGCAGGUUACUUAUUCCUCAAAGACCGGGACGCAUCCCUUUCAACUUUCGACAGUGCCAAAAUAUGUUGAAGACUUCGAGACGGCGAAAAAAAACUUAGACAAAAAGUUCAGAGAGAGGAAGCGGGGUCUUUAUAACUACGAGUCAAAUCGAAUCGAAAUAGAUCGAAGCGAGCAUGAAAUUCAGUAUGCAGAGCUGAAAAAGUUAGGAGAGUUAGAGAGUCUGAAUGAAGCGAAACGAUUGUAUUCUGAGCUGCAAAAGCAAAAAGACAGCGAGUUUGAACAAACAAUUUUUCUUUUGAAGUCGAACUACAAAGCAAAAUUGAAUGAAAUAUGCGAAAGUUUUAAUGUUGGCUUCAAUGAAAAUUUCAUGGAGUCUGGCCUAUCAUUAGCAGGUGUUAGCAGAGAGCAGAGUGAUCAUCAGUUGGGUAACAAUAGAGUAAAUUUGUCCGCCUCAAAAUUCAAUGAGAUUAGCAGAUGGGCAGCAGAUACAUCUCAGUCGAUUGAAGCGAAUAACAUUGAUUCAACUACUGAACUAGACGAAGCUGAUGUUGUGGUAUCUCCGCGGAGGAACUGGGAAAUGGAACUCAAGGCAGUCGACGUUCUGAAACGUAAGUCCUCAAGCUUACAGUCGCCGUCUUCCAUUAGCUCUUCUAGCAGACGCCGCCUAAUUUCGGGAAGUGUGGGCUCCGAUAAAAUGCAUGAAUUCACUUGCAGAUCUGAUCUAAAUGAAAGCAGAGCUUCGUCUAAGUUCAUCAAAAAGCAACCAAUUUCGGGAAUCACCAGGAUAGAUGGAAAUCAAUUGCAGUUCUACUACAACUCAGCAACAUCUCCACCCGCCGCCACCAUGAAGGAUGUCAAGUAUCUGUACAAAUCUCAAAAUAUCGAUCAUUUCCAGCGGUGGCUUGACUCGUUGAAUAAUGUGGGAAAUAGCAGUUUACCGAAAGUGCCUCUUCCUCCGGCAGACAAUUUUGUAGAGAGAAUAGACUUGCCAAUCUACGAUGAUCAUGAAAAUUCAGUGAACGGACCUUUACCAGACGCUGUAAUCAAGUCAUUGUUAGAUCGCUUGGCUCCUGGCUCAAAAGUUUCUGAGAAAGAUAAUAACAGCAAGGAAGACAUUGUCGGUGAACACAAAGAUCAACACAACUCGGGUAAAAACGACGGUUGCUAUAGAAAAAACAAAAAUGAACCGCUCGAAGAUGCACAGGCUGAUAAAAACAGACUCAAAAAAUGGAAGAGCGCGCCCUUCGAUUUGAACGGAAAUGAAUCUCUCCAGCACGCUUCUGGCCAAAUAAAAGAAGCUGAUACUGAGGAGCUCGCUUGGUUAUCUUCUUUGCAGUACAACUUACGAUCUUCUGUGCCUGUCGAUUAUAUAAAUACUCGCUCGCAAAAUAGUUCUCGUAUGUACAAAAAACUACCCCCCGUGCCAAAUGUGGAAGCUGAAGUUAUUGGUGAACACUAUAAUAAUAUAUCAGUGGCACCUGAACACCCUGAUGUGUUUGACUUGCACGACAUUUCUUUUGUGUCACUGCGGUCCCCUCCAAAAGUGCCUCCGAGAGAAUCCACAUCGGUUUUCCAAGAAAUACCGGUCGAUAAAUCAGGAAAAAAACGGAGUAUUCGGGGCCCAAUUUUGAAGCCAGAUGAUAAUGUCGUUGCAACCCCUCGCUGGAAUGCAAGAGCUAUGGAUAGAAAUACAGAGAUGCAUCUGGGGAGACUAACCUUGACACGCAGGUGUUCACAGCGGUGGCUUGACUCGUUGAAUAACGUGGGAAAUAGCAUUUUACCGAAAGUGCCUCUUCCUCCGGCAGACAAUUUUGUAGAGAGAAUAGACUUGCCAAUCUACGAUGAUCAUUCAAAUUCAGUGAACGGACCUUUACCAGACGCUGUAAUCAAGUCAUUGUUAGAUCGCUUGGCUCCUGGCUCAAAAGUUUCUGAGAAAGAUAAUAACAGCAAGGAAGACAUUGUCGGUGAACACAAAGAUCAACACAACUCGGGUAAAAACGACAGUUGCUAUAGAAAAAACAAAAAUGAACCGCUCGAAGAUGCACAGGCUGAUAAAAACAGACUCAAAAAAUGGAAGAGCGCGCCCUUCGAUUUGAACGGAAAUGAAUCUCUCCAGCACGCUUCUGGCCAAAUAAAAGAAGCUGAUACUGAGGAGCUCGCUUGGUUAUCUUCUUUGCAGUACAACUUACGAUCUUCUGUGCCUGUCGAUUAUAUAAAUACUCGCUCGCAAAAUAGUUCUCGUAUGUACAAAAAACUACCCCCCGUGCCAAAUGUGGAAGCUGAAGUUAUUGGUGAACACUAUAAUAAUAUAUCAGUGGCACCUGAACACCCUGAUGUGUUUGACUUGCACGACAUUUUUUUUGUGUCACUGUGGUCCCCUCCAAAAGUGCCUCCGAGAGAAUCCACAUCGGUUUUCCAAGAAAUACCGGUCGAUAAAUCAGGAAAAAAAACGGAGUAUUUGGGGCCCAAUUUUGAAGCCAGAUGGUAA